ACAAAACCAAGGAUUUUUUUUUACAGCAAAGUGAAUCCUGCUAUGUAAAUAAUAUUCAGGGAGACAAAGGGGGAUACCAACAGGUGUGAUGUGACAAAAGAACAAAGGAUGCCUUAGAACGGACGCUGCCAGCAAAGCGUGGAAUCUGCUUCAAAGCACACACACCCACGCACACACACACACCACAUACACACACAAACCAAAUGGAUAUAUCGCCCCUCCACGCCGCCGCCUUCAGUCUUCAGAUCAUGAACCAAAGCUGAAGCUCCCAAACUAUCAAUCUUUUAAUGAUCCCACCAUCUAUGGCGAACUAUAGCCAUGCAGGGGACCACAACAACAUCUUGCAGAGUGUCUCGCCCCUCGCCACCUUCCUCAAACUGACCUCACUUGGCUUCAUCAUCGGCGUCGGCGUGGUGGGUAACCUGCUCAUCUCCAUCCUGCUGGUCAAAGACAAGAGCCUGCACCGGGCGCCCUACUAUUUCCUGCUGGACCUCUGCGCCUCUGACAUCCUGCGCUCGGCUAUCUGCUUCCCCUUCGUCUUCACGUCCGUCAAGAAUGGCUCGGCCUGGACCUAUGGCACGCUGACCUGCAAGGUAAUCGCCUUCCUGGGUGUGCUGAGCUGCUUCCACACAGCCUUCAUGCUGUUCUGCGUGAGCGUGACGCGCUACCUGGCCAUCGCGCACCACCGCUUCUACACCAAGCGCCUCACCUUCUGGACGUGCCUGGCCGUCGUCUGCAUGGUGUGGACGCUGUCAGUGGCCAUGGCCUUCCCGCCAGUGCUGGACGUAGGCACGUACUCCUUCAUCCGCGAGGAAGACCAGUGCACCUUCCAGCACCGCUCCUUCCGCGCAAACGACUCGCUGGGCUUUAUGCUACUGCUGGCACUGAUUCUGCUGGCCACGCAGCUCGUCUACCUCAAGCUCAUCUUCUUCGUGCAUGACCGCCGCAAGAUGAAGCCUGUCCAGUUCGUGCCAGCCGUCAGCCAGAACUGGACCUUCCACGGCCCCGGGGCCAGCGGGCAGGCAGCCGCCAACUGGCUGGCGGGCUUUGGACGCGGCCCGACGCCGCCGACCCUGCUCGGGAUACGGCAGAACAGCAACGCGGCCGGGCGCCGGAGACUGCUCGUGCUGGACGAGUUCAAGACGGAGAAGCGCAUCAGCCGGAUGUUCUACAUCAUGACGUUCUUCUUCCUGGGGCUGUGGGGGCCGUACCUGGUGGCGUGCUACUGGAGGGUGUUUGCCGGUGGGCCCGUGGUGCCGGCGGGUUACCUGACUGCGGCUGUGUGGAUGAGCUUCGCCCAGGCUGGAGUUAACCCUUUCAUCUGCAUCUUCUCCAACCGUGAGCUGAGGCGGUGCUUCAGCACCACGCUGCUCUACUGCAGGAAAUCCAGGUUACCAAGGGAACCCUAUUGCGUUAUAUGAGGGGUUGGUUGGAUGGAUGCCUGUGUCCCUGCUCCGCUCUGCUCUGCUCAGCUAAGCUCUUGCUCUCACUCUCAGCUCUCCUCUGGGGGCUGUUGGCUGGUUGGUGUUGGAUGUUGUUGUGCUGGAUUUUUUUUCCCCUCCUGCUCCUACCUUUACUCGUCCUCUCCUCUUCUUGUUUCAUCUUCUCUCUCGCUUUUCCUGCCCUACUCUCCCUCCUUCUACUAGGCCUAUCCAUCUUU